UAUGAUGCAAUUUUUACAUUGCUUUUUAUUGAUCCCUUUGAGGACUGUAAAUACUCAAAAGUUAUUAUGCUUGUGAAGUGUGAACCCCAAGUGCAAACAGAUCUCACGGUUGUAUCAUACAGAAUUGAUGCUCUCGACAACAUCGCAAAUGUUGUAAGAAAAACCUUGGCCACGGAACCAAGUAUAAAAAAUACGACGAAAUGCACGAGCUGCAAGGGCAGGACGUAUCCAACUGUAGUAUUAGAGCCAAAUCAUAAAAUUAUUGGAAAAGAAGGCUUUAGAUCUCUGGAGAAAUCUUUGUUCUUUCGAUCGCCAAGUUAUCACAUACGUUGUAAAGAUCCAUGCUUGGGAAAGUAUACGUUGUUUAAGGAGCCAGGAAUUUACAUUUUCAUCGAGCUCGAUAUACGCCCGAAUCUUCAAAGUAACAGUUUGAGCUGUAUGCUGGAUCGAAUGCCGACAACACUCGGUCUUCAAUGCGACGAAAAUACAAUCGAAUACAGGUUAAUCGGAGUAAUAGACUACACAUCGAGGCACUACAUUGCAUACUGUUUGCGUUCCAAUGGAUUUUGGCAGAUGUACGACGAUUUGCGAAAAGAGAUUAACAAGUGUGGUUCUAAAACUAUAAUAACUCCACAUCUUGUAGUAUAUGUACAAAAAUCAGUUUAAAGAUGGAAAACCAACUGAAACUGACAAACUGCCAGAAAAUAGCACGUAUUACGUCGUGUUGGAAGGUAGUGUCCUUGAAAUUUUCAAACAAUCUGGAGAAUAUGAAAUAUCACUAUUCACAGACUUUAUAGACGAAUAUGAAAGAACUUUUUUUCAUUGGAGAGACCAUGAUACAACCACCUACGACUGAAGUUUACCAGAACGAGAAAUAAAGAUCCUAGUAUGGGUAUUUGGUAUAAAACUUUUUGACGGAGGCCACAAAAGAGGCAAAGUUAGAUGCUUUUAAUUUUUAUAUUAUUGAAACUUUUCUUAGCAAUGGCAAUGGCAAACCGUAUAAAAUGGAUGAUAUAGAAAGGAGAGUAUUUAAAUAUUAUGAUAAACUAGGAACAAGGAACAAUGUUGUCAAAAAAGUCUAUAAAGAAAUAAUUAUAAGAAGCCAAAUUCUCUUGAAUCUCAAAAUGGGAUCGUAAAGAAAGACAGUGAAAACUGUGGAAGUCCAAACUAUAAGGAGGUUAAUAAGGAAUCAAAUAUUGAUAUGAGAAUGUACAUUACCAACAAAUUUUAUGAAAUGGAGAAAAGAUUGAGGAAAAGAAACAAAAUGGAAGCUAAUACCAAUCAGAAACUGGAUACUAUCUUGAGUAAACUUGAAACACAGCUAAAUUAAAAAUAUAAAAA